GUUGAUUAUUUAUUUUAACUCAGUGCGAUUGGUUUUUAACAUGCGAUUAGUUACAAUAUUUCUCGGCUGGUAGUGUUUUAUAGAAAAAUUCUUGCGGUUUUCAAUAAAUAAUAACUAAUAGAAAAUUAAUUUUCCCACCUGGUGCAAGAGGCACUGAAGCAAGACGAACGAGAAACUAUAAUAGAGGCUGGCCAGCGUCAUCAAGUUCAUUAUCAUUAUCAACACCAUACAAUUAACAUCCAAUCAUCACAUGUACAUAGCGAAAACAAACGUUAACGUUGCACAGUAAAUGAAGUAGUGUUCCUUUUGAGUGACUGCGCCAUAUAUAUGUACAUAUGUAUAUCUCCAAAAUGUACAACAGACAACAGAUGCUCUUGCAUAACAUGUGACACACGCGCAUUGUUUUGAAAACCAACAACUUAGGUUUUAACACCCACGCUUUUGUGUGCUAUUUCUUACAAAAAAAAGUGAGUAAAAGUGCAAAUGUCACAGCGCGUGUUUGCUUAGCCGCGGCAGUUUAUCAAAUACGAGACAAGCAAACAAGUUAAAAUCGGCAAUAACAGCUUUUUGUUUAUACGCGUUGCGAGCUAUUAUCUGCUCCACCAAUCAUAUGACCAAAUGUAAACAGCUAUCAAGUAGGCAUGCCCGUCUGGUUCGCAAUCAGUUGCACUAGUGCAGUGUUAAAAAGUGCAAUGUAACACAAUUCAGGCAGUUCAUGUGCGAUUCGGAUUGAGUUACCGUUGAUUAGAGCUCUGCGGCACUCCCACGUAGGUGGAAGAAAAGCGCAAUAAAAAAGUUACGCCACCCCAGUAUUAGUCGUUAAACAGCCAAAGCACUUCAGAAAAAACACUCUGGACUUCCAACUUUGACGACAACGCACAAGCGAGACUUCAUAGCAAACACAAAAGCAAAAACAAGCACAAAAUAUGGGCGCUAGUACGGUCCUGCAACAGCGCCUACGUGGCAGCCGUUGUUACAUGUCCUUGGCCUGCUCCAUUGGCUCGAUGAGUUUGGCUUGUGGCAGCCUGCUGCAGAUACCGAACAUUACAGAUCGAAUUUCGCUGCAACGUGGCCUCUUCCUUACCUCGUUGGGUUUCAUCUACUUCGUGUCGUUGACAGAUUUCUGCCACAAGUACCUGCUGAAUACGAAACAUGGCCUGCAGUUUCGUAAAAAAUAUCGCCUCAUGAUGUCAGAUGUUAUGGAAAUUACCAACAAAAUCGUUUCCGCCGUACAGGCAACAUUUUCAUUUCUUGUCGGCUUCAUUGUAUGCAAAUCGACGUGCAGCAAGUCGUUCGUGUAUGCCUCACAUUUCUUGAUGGAAGCAUAUGGCUGGUUUGGCACCGCUUACUUUAUGUACGACAUUUGGUCCAUGUACAAGGUGCAUACACAGAAAAUCGCAGAUAAAUUGAAACUGAUGCGGUUGAAUGCGGCCACCACAGGUGCGACUUCAUCGAAUGGCGUCAAUGUUGGCAAUGGCAUUGCAUCUGGUGGCUGUGGUGACAGUGGUGAUGAUUCACCGGUACGUGUGGCUCCUCAGCAACGCGAAAAUGAUGAUAUCUAUGACUAUGAUGGCGAAUGUGUGCAAAUACCGAAGGAUGGCAAAUGGGAUUUCAUCAAAUAUGUGAUAACGCAUCCGGUCAUGAUGAUCCAUCAUGUUUUCAUUGGCACCUUUGGUUUGCUGGUUGUGACGUACAUACGCGGUGGUGGCCACUGCAUCUAUAGUUACAUGUUCAUGAUGGAAUUUUCGACGCCAUUUGUUUCCAUGCGCAGCAUAUUGAGCACCAUGCGUUUGAAAGAUUCGCGCGCUUACAUCAUCAACGGACUGUUAAUGUUGGGCACAUUUUUCGUGUUUCGCGUCUUUAUGUGGCCAUAUGUUAUGUACCGUUACAGCGUGGCUAUAAAUGCGAGCUUGUGGCAGGCGCUGACCACUUUGCCAACCGGCUGUAUUAUCAGUAUUAUGAUACUCUUCCUGCCACAGCUUUAUUGGUUCUUCUUGAUGGUCAAAGGUGCAUUGAAGGUUUUAUUACCGCCUAAACAAAAGGCACCAGCCACUAAAAAACUCAGGCAGUCGAAAAACAACAAUUUGUCACCAGUAACACCAAACGCUGAACACGAUUUUAGCCAAAUUUGCAAUGCCGAGGUCCACAGCGCAGCCGACAUGCCGUCAACCCGAGACUAAUUACUGACAUUUCAUAGAAAUGAUAAAAAUUAGAUAGAUAUGCAAACGGCAGAAUUUUAUUGGCAGCAAACGGCAGUUAGUCCUCUCGAGGCUACUGCAGUAAAUUGGCGAAGAACAUUCCUUAUUCGUCUGUAUGUUUACCAAUAAGCUGCUUUGUUGUUAUUAAAUUAAGUUUGUACAAUUUUAAUUUGUGAUUAAUUAACUUAUACUUAUACAUACAUACAAUGUACGGCACAAUUUUUUGAUAAAACUGAGUUGUAAGUAACAAAUUACUUUGAAUUAACUUAUGCAUUUCAAUGGUCUUCUAACUCUGCUCUAAAAGCCACAAACUAACAUUAUAAGUGAGGUUAAUAUUAUAUAUUAAUUGAUUUAAACACCGUCAAAUUAAUGAACUAUGAACUGUGACUUUUCAACAUUGAAUAUUUAAUAUUUAAUUUGAUUGUUGAAGUUGAUUGUCUUCUUGACGCAUUUCUAUUUACUUAUUGCUGUAUAUGUAUAGGUGUAUUUGUGUAGCUGUGCAUAUACAAAAGCUAAUUAUUUUAGCAUUACAUACAUAAUCAUUUUUUAAUAUAAAUGUUACUUUAAAUCGAUAAAUGUUAUCCAAGGAAUAGCUACUGCAGUGCAGCAUACAUAUAUAUUUAUAAAUGUAUAAAAAACGAACAAAUAGCUAUUAUUAUCUAAUAAUACUUUAAUUAAGUCAGCUAACUUGUAAAAUUUUAGUGAAUGCAGUACAACUAAUUUUUCUAUGGUAAAUAAUUUUCUUCUUGAGUUCCUUUACUUAUAAAAAAAUUAGAAAUUAUAAGUAUUGAUUAUAUAUAAUUAAAUUUGUAUGUAUGACUUGCCCACAUAGAAAACAUAUGUAUGUACAUAUAAUAGAUGUGUAUUAAAAAAACAGAAACAGAAACAAAAAUAUAAGUGCAGUUUAUUAGCAUUUAACGAGCUUGAGCAAAACAUGUAGAAAAACACAAAAGGCUAAACGAAAAUAAUUGAUAUGAGAUAAAACAUUCAAUGUCUCGCAUUUUGCUGUACUUUAUAGUGAUGCAUUUUAGCUGUAUAAAACGUUUUAGUGUUGUGAAAAAUAUACAAAUAAACAUAAAUGUACGCCAGCCAGAAAGCAGAUACCCAA